AUCUCAUGGACAGCCUGAAAGUGAGGACAGCACAUCUCACAUGCUGUUCAACACAGCUCAUGGCCAUGGAUAGCCUUAGAGUUAGGACAGCACAAUUCUCACAAGCUGUACAACUUUGACAGCCCAAGAGUGAGGAUAGCACAAAUUCUCACAUGCUCAGUGCAACACUGUGUGAGAUCACAGACAGCCUGAAAGUUAGGAGUACAGCACAUUUCAUAUGAUGUAUAAUACCGCUCAUGGAUAGCCAGAGAGAUAGAACAGUGGACAGUCAAAGUUGUAUUAAGAACAGUUGAUUUACCGUGCCACUGGGCCUGACCUUACAAGUAGCUGGAAAUCUAGUCUGGUUUGGGACUUCAUUAGGAAGUCUGUUAGCAAUUCCAGCUAUAAUCAUUUUAGGAUGGAAAAUUGAAUUCAUUACCUUCAUUGUCAAAACAUCAGAAUCACUUACUGUGAAAAUAACUUUGUUGAUGUCAGCCUUUAACUGUCUUUUACUCUUUAGGCUUGUAAUAGAUGUUGUGUUGAGGAGUAUUUGAGACUUUGAAUAGUCGUGACUUCGUUGUUGCUUAGGCAUUUUGCACAAGUGAUAUUGUACAGUAGGCUGUCUGGGGCCAUUACAAAAUCUGUGCAAUGGAUGUCUGUCAAUAAGGUACAUAACUUUGGGCAAAAUGUCAUGUACGUCAGGCCUUAACCUAAAAGAGAUUACACGGCAGUAACUGCCAGUCCUUCGCUGUUGCCCAACUCAGUGCAAUUAGAGCAGACUUUUCAAUAGCAGAGUUUGAAAAGGGUUCUAUUGGUGGGUUUAGUAAUCAGUCAAAAUUUGAUAAACGAGCCUGGUCUUCACUGUAAGAAAUGAGGGCUAUUUCUGAUAAGUCAUGUGGAAAUGUCUAGGACAGGUAGCAAAAUUCAUUGUCUUGUCCUCUAAUCUUGUCUAUCAGAUUGCACAAUGUGUUAUGUAAUUGAUAUGCCUACAAGAUGGGAGUAUCCUUACAAUAUCACCAAAUGGUGGAAUAGCAAAUAAUUUUUUGUUUUCUGGAAAGUGUCAUUUCAUUCAGAGACGAAGCCACCCUAAAAGGUGUGAAGAUGACUGUUGCUGAAGAGCACUUACACAACUUUGGUGCUGUGGACUAUGUCAUCUUUGGUGGGAUGUUGGCCGUCACUGCAGCCACUGGACUCUACCACGCUUUUGCAGGGGGAGGUCAGAGAACAACUGCCAGGUACCUGAUGGCUGACCGCAGCAUGUUCAGUCUACCCGUGGCUAUCUCAGUUCUGGCAUCCUUCAUGUCAGCAGUCUCCAUACUGGGCGAGCCGUCCGAGAUCUUUGUCCAUGGCAUACAGUACUGGCUCAUCGAUCUGUCAUUCUUCAUCACUAUCCCUGUCACUGCUGUCUUCUUCAUCCCAGUGUUCCAUGGCCUGGGGCUAACAACUGCGUAUGAGUACCUAGAGCAGAGGUUCUCCAUGUCCCUACGGGUGGUCGCUGCCUGUCUCUUCAUCCUGCAGAACACCUUCUACAUCGCUGUCAUCCUGUACGCACCUGCGCUGGCCUUGGAAACAGUUACAAAGUUUGAGGUGUGGAAGACCAGUAGUACUUGCAGGAACCAUCACAACUAUGUAUACAUCCUUGGUACGUAG